AUGGGUGCUGCUAUAACACUCUCAUUUAAAGUUUAUAAUUUGAAUACAUUUUUGAAGAGAAUAUUAACUUGGCUUAGUAGUCUUGUCAUAUUGUUCCUUUAUCUUAACUUGUACUUGUUAGACUUAUAUGAUAGCAGAGUUAUGAAUAUUAAGUAG